AAAUAUACGGAUGUUGAUAAUCGUAAGCGUUAGUGCAAAGCACUUUUAUGCAUUGCACUCUACCAAAGAGAAGAUAGUGAUUUUUUAUAAGAUGAGAUAAAAUAUCUCAUUUGAGUUCCUCAAUUUGUAGAAGGAAAAAUGUUUUUUCCUAGCCGCUGCAUCAAAAUAUUUUUUAUUCUGGGGAAUUUAUAUGAAUUAUCACAUGCUACAGUAGAAGGAAGUAUAAGAGGUGACUGUUUGGCCUUCACUAAAACAAAGACAGAAGAAUAUCAUGAAGUAUUGGAUUGUGAAACAAGUCUCCCUCCUCUUUUACCAAAUGAAGGAAUUCUUAUUGGAUUGGUUAUAUCAGGGAUAUUGGUCAUAUUAACUGGCAUUGGUGCCUUCUCCAUUGUUAGGAUUCGUAAAAGGAUGCACAAUCAUGGCAAACAUAACGGAAGCUUAACGGACUCAGAACCUGUGGUUACAACUGGUCGACCGAAUUCAAAUUAUACCAAUGCAACUUCAGAGCAAGUUGAUAGUCUACCUGAAAACGACUACAAUGAAGUAGCCACUGCUGAUCGCCCACAUUCAGCGUAUGAUAUCCUGAAUCCAGAGCAAGUUAAUAAUCUACCAGAAAACCACUACAAUGAACUAGCCAUAGCUGAUCGCCCGCAAUCAGCGUAUGAUAUCCUGAAUCCAGAGGAAGUUAAUAAUCUACCAGAAAACCAUUACAAAGAACUAAACACUGUGCAUGACUACAUGGAGAUUAUUGAAUAACACAUGUACAUUAAUACAUGUUUUAUGCCCCCGUUAACGAAGUUUUGGGGGUAUAUAGUUUUUGUUGUGUCUGUCCGUCUGUCUAGCUGUCUGUCUGUAUGUCUCUCUGUUUGUCCGCGAAAACUUUACCCUUGUCCAUAACCUUCGAUGCAGUGGAGCUAUAACCUUUAUAUUUCACAUGCGUAUUCCUUGUGAUAAGCCCUUUCUUUGGGUACCACAAAAUUGACCUUUUGACCUUGACCUUGGAGUUUGGCCCACUUUUACACAAAAAUUCUACACAUUUACUUUGGCCAUAUCUUUUAACAGUAGACACCGAUAUAUUUAUACUUCAUAUUUGUAUUUUUUAUCUAAAGAUCUUUCAUUGGAUACCAACAAUCUUUACCUUGGCCUAAGAGAUUUCCGUACUUAUAAAAAAACUUUAACCUAGACCAUCACCUUUGAACGCUAAGAGAUAGGGCUUUCAUACUUCAAAUAUGUAAGUCAUGUGAGAAGACCCUUCAUUGGAUACCAAGAACCUUGACCUUGGUGUUUGACCUAUUUAAAAAAAAGCAAUGUCCUUAAAAACCUUAAUGAUAAUAAACUUAACCACAACUUUUAAUGGGUAUAGCUAGUGCUUUCAUUCUUCACAUACGUAAUCCUUGUGACGAGACUUUCAUUUGAUAGCAAGACCUUUGAACUUGAACUAAGAGUUAGACCUUCAUUUUAAAAUUUUUAACCUUGGUCAUAACUUUUGAACGCUUAAGGCUAGGGCUUCCAUACUUUGCAUACGUAUUAUUUGUGGCAAGAACUUUCAUUGUAUACCAAUAACAUUGACCUUGGAGAUUUUUGUAUUAAAAAUAUAUUAGAUUUGUAUUUAAGAAAAGAUUAAUCUUCGCUAUGUUGCCAUACAGGGUCAUUAGUGUUUCACAAACUUUUUAAAGUCGCUCAUUCACAUUGAGAUUUACUGAGAGGCCUGUCAUUUAAUAUAAGUGCAUGCUGACAAUUUUCAUGUUAAUCUAAAUAUCCUGCAAUUGAUGUAUUAAUUUUUAAUUUUCAUCUUAUAAGGUUUUCCUUAGCUUUCUUCUUCUUGUUGUCUAAAAAAUGACAUUGCAAUUUAUUACCUUUUAUUAUUUGUCAUCAAUAGUCAAAUGUCCUUGAAAUAAACCAUAUCUUUCCAUGCAGAAAAUGUAUGAAGUAUUUUCUUUAAGGUUUCUUUAGUCCUGAAUUCCCUUUUGAGGCCAUGAAGAUGUUUUUCAAGCUCCUUUUCCCCUUUAGUUUUCACUUUGAAUCCACAAAAAAAUAUUACAAAUGCAAUAAAGGUAAAAGAAUUAUUUGAUGUUAGUUAUGAAGUUAAUUUUACUAGUUUUUAUUUGUUCGAGUAAGUGUACAUUAUUGUCUUUGAUGUGUUGUGUUCACGAUUAAUAUAUACAUAUCGCUUAUAUAUGUAACACAUUGAACCUAAGAAGUUCAGAUAUAGCACCAUGAUAAUAUUAAGCGUAAUCAGAAUAUUUUAGCAUAAAUUGAAUUAAGUUGCAUUAAUUCUGAAAAAAAAUGUUCAUAAUCGACCAGUAUGAAUCAUGAAUUUCAUGGCCCUCGUGUCAGGGGUUUACCCAUUUUGUGUAGGUGGGGUCAUUUGAUUAUAUAGUGGAAAUAC